AUGACCGACUUCAUGUGGCGCCAAGUACCCAUUGAAGAGACGCAGGUCUGCCUAAGACAGCUUGUGCAGACUGCCGAUGAAGAAGGAAUCCGGGAUAUCUUUGCCAAGUUUCUCACUGCGCCCACGGAAUCACCGGAUCAAAAGACCAAAGCUACAAAUACUCUCUGUGAAAUUUUUGACAUCGAAUGCCUGAUUGAAACAAACAAGAGAAAGCCGUAUGAAGUUUGGUGCGCCUCGAACGACAUCAUGCGGGAGGCGGAGAUCUGUUUCGGGGGUAACGAAGAGAAAACAGGGUUCUUGGCUGAGAGGAUUCCAAGUGGAGCUGAACUCGGAGAAAAGUCGAUGGCCAUGCGCGAGCAGGUGAAGAUAUUCGCAGCCUCGGAGCCAAAGUUGAGCGAAUUGGUUAGCAAAUACUAUGAGCUCUGUGAUAUGUCUGAGGAAGAGAUGGAGGCAUCGAGACAUUGA